AUGGCGGAGUUAUUAGCAGGCCCUUCCAAUCUUCACGAUGACAGUUCAGAUUCAUUAAUUUGCACACCUGAAGAAAUUUCCGAGAAAGCUAAAGAAGUGACUCUGCAAUUAUUACCUAACAAAUCAAAAAAAAAAUAUGAUAUACAGUACGAUCUUUUUAUGAAAUGGUGCGCUACCAAACAUGUAAAAAGAUACAGCGAAAGCGUAGUUUUAGCUUACUUAAGUGAAUUAUCGGCCAAAUACAAGUCGUCAACUUUAUGGUCGAUACAUUCCAUGUUAAAAGCGACGCUAUCAGUACGUCAGAAUGUAGAUAUUGGAAGCUACGUAAAGGUAAAUGCUUUCUUGAAAAAGCAAUCGGUAGGGCACAUUCCAAAAACAUCGAAAACCUUUACAUCAACUGAAGUGAAUACGUUUUUAAGAGAUGCCCCAGAUGACAUCUAUUUGAUGUUAAAGGUUGUUCUAAUAAUUGGAAUCAGCGGAGCUUGUAGAACGGAUGAACUGACCAAUUUGUGCACAAAUAACAUCCAAGACAAGGAUGACGUUCUCAUUGUGCACAUUCAUAACACCAAAAACUAUAAAGAGAGAACCUUUAUAGUUUGCAACUCCAAUAAAACGAACGCAACAGACGUGGUAGCAAUCUGUAAAAAAUAUUUUAGUUUACGACCGACAAAUUUGAAUACAAACCGACUGUUUAUUAAAUAUAAUGCUGGGAAAUGUGUUGGGCAAAACGUUGGUCAUCACACAAUUGGUUCCAUUCCUUCGAAGAUUGCUUCUUUUUUAAAUUUGCCUGAUGUAAAGGAAUACACAGGUCACUGCUUCCGGCGGACAUCGGCUACACUCCUUGUGGACUCAGGUGCGGAUAUACUGACCUUAAAAAGACAUGGUGGAUGGAAAAGCAGUUGUGUGGCGGAGGGAUACCUUGAGGAUUCCAUCCAAACCAAAAUUUCAGUUGCGAAAAAGAUCUUAAGUACAACUGAAAAUUAUGAAGAACCCAACAGUAAUCCUCGAGCAGGGGCUACACUUACAACAAAUGAGCAAGAAGUGACAAGUCGAUGCUCCUCUCUAGGUGCUUCUACUUCCACUUCAACCUUUUCUGAACAAAUACAAAUGUCAGAUUUAUCUAAACAAGGCUCAUUUUCUAAUUGUACACUCAAUAAUCCGGUGUUUAACAUUACAAUUUCAAACAAGUAA